UAUUUUCCUUUUUUAUUUCUCGCUCCUUUAAUUUUUUUUUUUAUAUUAAUCAUCGCAAACAAAAAAAGUUCUUGUAAAGCUAGCGCAACGUGUAACUUGAUUCAUACACACAUUUGUAUUUCUUUGUUUUGUAUAAUAAGUAUAUAACAAUUACUACAUAGAGAAAAGAGAUCAAAACCAUCGACCUUAUAUAUAUUGUCAUUAUAUAUAACCGGCCGGUCGGAUCCCCGUUUUCUUUAAACCUAGUCGGCGGUCAUGGAGCUUUGCAACCAAAACAACGGCGUCAGCGGCGAUCCGUUAAACUGGAACGCGGCGGCGGAUGCUUUGAAAGGGAGCCACUUGGAGGAGGUGAAACGAAUGGUGGAAGAUUACAGGAAAGGGUUGGUGAAGUUAGGAGGAGAGACGUUGACGAUUGGUCAAGUUGCCGCCGUGGCUAGAGGAGGAGGAGGAUCUACGGUGGAGCUAGCGGAGGAGGCACGUGCCGGAGUCAAGGCGAGUAGCGAGUGGGUGAUGGAGAGCAUGAACCGAGGAACGGACAGUUACGGAGUCACCACUGGGUUUGGUGCAACUUCCCAUAGAAGAACCAAACAAGGCGGUGCUCUUCAAAAUGAGCUUAUUAGGUUCUUAAACGCCGGAAUAUUUGGCACCGGCGCCGGAGACACGUCACACACGCUGCCUAAACCGACAACGAGAGCGGCAAUGCUCGUCCGUGUCAACACUCUUCUCCAAGGCUACUCUGGGAUACGCUUCGAGAUUCUCGAAGCCAUUACAAAGCUUCUCAACCACGAAAUCACUCCGUGCCUCCCUCUCCGUGGCACCAUAACCGCUUCCGGCGACCUUGUCCCACUGUCUUACAUAGCUGGACUCCUCACCGGCCGUCCUAACUCCAAAGCCGUGGGUCCUUCCGGUGAGAUUCUCUCUGCCUCUGACGCCUUUAAGCUCGCCGGAGUAUCGACCUUCUUCGAGCUGCAGCCUAAGGAAGGACUUGCGCUUGUGAACGGGACAGCGGUUGGAUCGGGUUUGGCCUCAACGGUUCUGUUCGAGGCAAAUAUUUUGGCGGUUUUGUCCGAAGUUAUGUCCGCCAUGUUUGCUGAGGUUAUGCAGGGGAAACCGGAGUUCACCGAUCACCUUACCCAUAAACUGAAGCACCACCCUGGUCAGAUAGAAGCCGCAGCAAUUAUGGAACAUAUAUUAUACGGAAGCUCUUACGUUAAGGAAGCUCAACUUCUUCACGAAAUGGAUCCUCUUCAAAAACCUAAACAAGAUCGGUAUGCAUUACGUACGUCACCGCAAUGGCUUGGGCCUCAGAUCGAAGUGAUUAGAGCGGCAACAAAAAUGAUUGAGCGAGAGAUCAACUCAGUUAAUGAUAACCCUUUGAUCGAUGUUUCAAGGAACAAAGCUUUGCACGGUGGGAAUUUCCAAGGGACACCGAUUGGUGUCGCCAUGGAUAAUUCUCGUCUAGCCAUUGCUUCGAUCGGGAAACUCAUGUUUGCGCAGUUCUCUGAACUUGUUAACGAUUUCUACAAUAACGGUUUGCCUUCUAAUCUAUCCGGUGGAAGAAACCCUAGUCUUGAUUACGGUUUCAAAGGCGCUGAAAUAGCCAUGGCUUCUUAUUGCUCUGAGCUCCAGUUCUUGGCUAAUCCCGUGACCAACCAUGUCCAAAGCGCGGAGCAGCAUAACCAAGAUGUUAAUUCCCUCGGAUUGAUCUCGAGCCGUAAAACCGCGGAAGCAGUCGAUAUCCUCAAGCUAAUGUCCACGACUUACUUAGUCGCGCUUUGCCAAGCAGUUGAUCUAAGACACCUAGAAGAGAAUCUGAAGAAAGCGAUUAAAUCCGCGGUGAGCCAGGUGGCGAAGCGGGUCUUGACCGUUGGUGUAAACGGUGAGCUACAUCCGUCGAGGUUCACUGAACGUGAUGUCCUCCAAGUGGUUGACGGAGAGUACGUGUUCUCCUACGCAGACGAUCCAUGUAGCAUCACUUAUCCCCUGAUGCAGAAACUUAGACACAUUCUUGUAGACCACGCUUUGGCGGAUCCAGAACGCGAAGCCAAUUCCGCGACAUCAGUUUUCCAAAAGAUCGGAACCUUCGAGUCGGAGCUGAAACUGCUUCUCCCAAAAGAAGUGGAACGUGUCCGGGUUGAGUACGAGGAAGGAUUAUCGGCUAUAGCUAACCGGAUUAAAGAGUGUAGGUCUUAUCCGCUGUACCGGUUCGUCAGAGAUGAGCUGGAGACAGAGUUGCUUACCGGAGAGAAUGUUAGGUCACCGGGAGAGAUGUUUGAUAAAGUGUUCUCGGCGAUGUCUGAUGGAAAACUUAUUGAUCCUUUGUUGGAAUGUCUCAAGGAGUGGAACGGAGCUCCGAUCCCCAUCUAUUAAAACAGAUGAUGAUCCAUCCAACAUUUCUUACCAACACUGUUGUAAUAUAUUUGGAUUUGUGUUCUAUAACCCUUUUUUAUUUUUCUUGAUUUCCACGACAUUGAACAUUCUCAUGAUCACUUUGAAACCUAUCAUAUGUUUCUUUAUAGUUUAUAUAUGUUAAAUGCUGUCUUAAUGGAUUAUCAA